CAAAGACAGAAUUUACAUUUCCUAGAAAUAGAGAAUGAGCAUUAUGUAGUUGGUUUUCAAAUACAAAAGUUUUCAACGAUUGGAUACUUUGAAACGCGACUUUUAAGUGAAGGAUAAAAUUGAGAAUAGUCCACGUUGCAGAUAAAUCUAAAUUGUGCCGCUCGAUCUUUAAAAUAAAUAAAUAUACUAUAUUAUGUAUAUUUUUUAUAUAUAUAAAAAAUAUAUACGUAUAUUCGGUGCGCGGACACCAUAGUUGCUAGGGAGUGCAGUGUCCUGUUUAAAAUCUAAACCAAAGCGGAUUGAUACACAAUUUGAAGCGGCAAAGAGCGCGUAGGACUGUAGUACACUUGAUUAUCAUAUUUAUCAAGUCGUUGUUAGGUACAGUAGGUAGUAAGAUCAAAUCAACAUCAAAAUGGCAGAUCAACUGACAGAGGAACAAAUUGCUGAGUUCAAAGAAGCCUUCUCGCUGUUCGAUAAAGAUGGAGAUGGCACCAUCACCACCAAAGAGCUGGGCACAGUGAUGCGCUCGCUGGGACAGAACCCCACAGAGGCCGAGCUGCAGGACAUGAUAAAUGAGGUGGAUGCUGAUGGAAAUGGAACCAUUGACUUCCCUGAGUUCCUGACCAUGAUGGCUAGGAAGAUGAAGGACACUGACAGUGAGGAGGAAAUCAGAGAAGCUUUCAGAGUCUUUGACAAGGACGGUAACGGCUAUAUCAGUGCUGCAGAGCUGCGUCACGUUAUGACAAACCUUGGUGAGAAACUGACAGACGAGGAGGUGGAUGAGAUGAUCCGGGAGGCUGAUAUCGAUGGAGAUGGACAGGUCAACUACGAAGAAUUUGUGCAGAUGAUGACGGCAAAAUAAUACCGUAAACCCAAAAGAACCCUUCACCACCAGACCAAACAGUGGACAACACACUCACUGUCAACACUCGAGUGUCCUCUUAUUUAUUUUUGCUUUGCAUUUGGUUGCUUUCCCCCUUUGUCCAUUUCGCUUGAUUCAGGCUCAUCUGCAAAAUCUGUUUUCUUUCAUUGUUCCUCUCUUAUGCUCUUUUCUUUGACAUUUUCUGUUUUCUCUCAAGUAAAAUAUUUACAUAAACAUAUACUAAAAUUGUCGAAAACAAACAUGAACAAUUUCAAGCUAAAAUAUAUACAGGAAGAGAAAUGCAUGCUGUGUUACUUUGGGAAUAUUUUUGUGCUACACUGCUUGCAUUGUUUUUUGUUUAUUACAUGGUCUAUUCUCAUGCCAUUUACGGUUGUAGAUAUUUGCUAACUUUUAGAAAUGCAAAAGAUUAACAUGAUGGGAGGUGACAGGAUUUUAACAAUGAAAUAGACUAAUGUACUUCCAUGUGUGUAUGCGCAUGUUUUGGUAAACAUUUUUGAUAUGUACGUUUGGGUAUAGCAGACAUGGUUGUCCAAGGACUCCCCUGUGCUGUAUGCAUAUCUCCAUUAUGUCCUGACAUUAAACAUUUUGAAAAUGUUCUUCUGCUAGAGCAGGGGUGUGUUCAUUAUGCUGAUUCUGUUGCAAAAUGUUUUUGAUUAAACUGCGAACAGAA